AUGGCGAGCAAACAGCCUUUCAAGACCACUUUCGAACCGGAAAGGGUCAUCCGCCCUAUCUUCACCGGCGGAUCUGUCGCAUUGGACAAUGGUGCCAAAAUUCUGGCCACUCCUUUAGGGGAGGACGCGAUUUUGACCAACCCUUCUAAUGGAAAGCAUCUCGCGAAGAUCGAAGGAGAUGGCGAACAAAUCUCAACUUUGACUUUGACACCCUCCGGAUCUCAUCUCAUCAUUUGCUCCCGAUCUUUGUCCAUGAAAAUCUACGCCCUGAAGACCACUGAAGACGGAACGAUCGAAGCGAAGUGCACGAGAUCCCUCAAGCCCCACGGCACCCCUGUUGUCGUUCUCGCCGUCGACCGAACGAGCACCCUUCUUGCGACCGGAGGAACCGACGGAGCGAUCAAGGUCUGGGACAUCGUCGGAGGCUACGUUACGCACACCUUCCGCGGUCCAAGUGUCCUCGUUUCAGCCCUCCACUUCUUCGAGGUUGCGGCGCGAUCGAACGAUGCCGAGGUUGAGAAGGCUGGAAAGAAGGGCAAGAAGUCGAAGCAGACCGAGGAGCAGGACGACAGCGUCACAACGACCAACUGGCGUUUGAUGUCUGGUAGUCAGGACGGAAAAGUGCGGGUUUGGGAUCUUCACAAGCGCGCUGCUGUUGCAAGCCUAGACUCCCACGUCUCGAACGUCCAGGGCCUGGAUUACUCGCCCGAACAGAAUGCGAUUGUGUCGGCAAGCAGAGACAAGACGAUCAUCUGGUGGGAUGCGAAGUCUUGGAAGUUGCGGAAGGUUGUGCCGUGCCUCGAGCUCGUCGAGGCUGUUGGGUUUGUGAAUGGUGGUCGUUUGACCUACUCGGCGGGAGCCAAGGGUUGUCUGCGCAUUUGGGAUACGGACACCGGUCGCGAGUUGACGAAGGACCAGCCUGCGAAGGCCGAGGCCGAGAGCAUUGUCAGCGCUGUUUCUCACCCAGAGCUUCCUUUCAUUCUCUGCGUGCAAGUGGACCACACCCUGGCGCUCUACAAGGUGCCCGAGAAGGACGCCGUCGAAGGUUCUAUGUUGGAGCCUUUCAGGCGGAUUUCCGGAACUCACGACUCGAUCAUCGAUCUUAACUACCUACUCCCCGACCGCUCCCUGCUCGCCUUGGCCACUAACGCCGAAGAUAUCCGUAUCGUGUCCGUCAAGGACUCGAAGGCCGACCCAGCGGAUGAGAACUCCGCGUACUUUGGUCAAGACUUGGCUCUGCUGAAGGGACACGAUGAUAUCAUCGUUUCUUUGGAUGUGGAUUGGUCUGGAUACUGGAUUGUGACGGGCGCGAAGGACAACACUGCUCGUCUCUGGCGCGUCGAUCCUGCGAACAACUCUUUCACAUGCUACGCCACCUUCACCGGUCACACCGAGUCGGUGGGUGCCGUUACACUCCCUAAACAGCCCCCGGCCGAAUCAACAGCACAAUUCAAGGACCCUCUGAACCACCCACCACCCUUCCUCUUCACCGGUUCUCAGGAUCAGACCGUCAAGAAGUGGGAUAUUCCCAGGGAAGCUCAGCAGGGCAAGAAGGGGGGACGUGCAGUCUUCACCAGAAAAGCCCACGACAAGGACAUCAACGCUAUGGAUGUUCACCCCUCAAGUCAGCUCUUUGCCUCUUCGUCCCAGGACAAGAUGGUCAAGAUUUGGUCCGUGGCGGAGGGUGAAGUUCAGGGUAUCCUGCGCGGCCACCGCAGAGGUGUGUGGUCCGUCAAGUUCGCCCCUGCGCAGUGCCCGUCCAUCCAAGGAGACGAGGGCCAGGUCGCUGGCAAGGGUGUUGUCUUGACGUGCAGUGCCGACAAGACUGUGAAGCUGUGGAGUCUGAGCAACUACUCUUGCAUCAGGACAUUCGAGGGUCACUCCAACAGUGUCCUGAAGGUUGCCUGGUUGAACAUGCCUAAGCCUGAAGGCAAGGGCAAGAAGCAGAUUCAGUUCGCCAGUGCCGGCAGCGACGGCCUGGUCAAGGUCUGGGACGCCAACUCCGGCGAGGCUGAGUGCACCCUGGACAACCAUGAGGACCGUAUCUGGGCUUUGGCCGUCAACCCCGCUGACAACACCAUCGUCUCCGGCGACGGUGACUCGAUCGUAACUUUCUGGAAGGACACCACCUCCGAGUCUCAGGCCGCUGCCACCGAAGCUGCCCAGAAGCUGAUCGAGCAGGAGCAGGAGCUCGAGAACCACAUCCACGCCGGCUCCUACCGCGAUGCCAUCGUCCUCGCCCUCCAGCUCAACCAUCCCGGCCGGUUGCUGAGCCUGUUCACCUCCGUCGUGACCUCCAGCACCCCCGAGCAGGGCAGUCUCUGCGGGCUCAAGGCCGUCGACCAGGUCCUGGCCACCCUCUCCGACGAGCAGAUCUUCACCCUGCUCCUGAGGCUGAGAGAUUGGAACACGAACGCCCGGACGGCGGCGGUUUCCCAGCGCAUCCUCUGGACCCUCGUCCGCAGCUACCCUGCGUCCAAGUUCUCGAACCUCUCCGUCAAAGGGGCUCGCGGGCAGAAGAGUCUCAAGGAGGUGCUCAACGCGCUCAAGGUGUACACGGAGAGGCAUUACAGAAGGAUGGACGAGCUUGUGGACGAGAGUUAUCUGGUGGAAUAUACCCUGCGGGAGAUGGAUAGUCUCGCGCCUGCGAUAGAAGAUAUUGCUAUGGAGGACGCGAUGGAUGUGGAGAGAGAUGUCGUUAUGGUGUCUUGA